ACACACUUGGAAACAAAAGGAAACUACAAGUGAGAACAUGUUAAAAAGUCUUUUCCACCACCGAUGCUUUUGCAUUAAUAAAACGUUCAGACACCGAGAAGCUUUUUUCUUCUUUCUUCAGACAAAAGUACUAUACUCCGAGACCAUUGUACUCUAAAACCCUUUUACCUCUCCUCUCUCUCUCUCCCUCCUUCUAUACUUCUGAGAUAAUCUACUCUACUCCCAUGGAGCUUUGAUGGGUAUCUGCAAUUUCCAUUCUUUGCCCCUUUUCUUGUGAGAAUUUUUGCUCAAGAAUCAUGGAAGAGUCUUCUUCACUUGUGCGUUCCGUGUUUGUGCUCUGUUUGGUUUCGUCCUCUGUGUUCUGUUUGGAUGAUUCCGACCAAAACGCAGCCGCUUCUUCUUCUUCUGCUGUUUACAUUGUUACCCUCAAGGACCCUCCAUCUGUUCAUUCCUCAUCCGACAGAGAAACGAGUGUAUCCAAGCACAGCCUCACAUCUACUUCAUCUCAAACUUACAGAACAUCGAACCGAAGCGCCUCUAUAGUUAGAGUUCAUGACUCGUUGUUGAGAAAAGUAUUGAGAAAGGAGAAUUACAUUAAGCUCUACAGCUACCACUAUCUCAUCAAUGGGUUUUCAGCUGUUAUCACCCAACAGCAGGCUGAUAGACUCGCUGCAAGAGAGGAAGUGCACAAUGUGGUUCUGGAUUAUCCGGUUAAGAAAGCAACCACUCACACGCCGCAGUUCUUAGGUUUGCCACGUGGAGCUUGGCCCCGUGAAGGAGGCUCUGAGUAUGCAGGAGAAGGAGUUGUUAUAGGGUUUAUCGAUACUGGAAUUGAUCCAACUCAUCCUAGUUUCAGUGACAAAGUCCCAGGACAUUCAUAUCCGGUCCCUCCUCGGUUUACUGGUGUCUGUGAAGUCACCACUGGUUUCCCUUCCGGUUCUUGCAACAGGAAGCUCGUUGGAGCACGCCAUUUCGCUGAGUCGGCUCUCAGUAGAGGAGUCUUGAACUCAUCUCAGGACGAUGCUUCACCGUUUGAUGGUGAAGGGCAUGGCACUCACACAGCUUCUGUUGCAGCUGGGAAUCACGGGGUCCCUGUGGUGGUUUGUGGUCAUCACCUAGGGAAUGCUAGUGGGAUGGCUCCUCGUGCUCAUGUUGCUAUUUACAAGGCAUUGUAUAAGAGGUUUGGAGGUUUUGCAGCGGACAUCAUUGCAGCCAUAGAUCAGGCUGCUCAAGAUGGAGUUGACAUAAUAAACUUAUCAAUCACACCGAACAGACGUCCACCUGGCAUCGCCACCUUCUUCAACCCGAUCGAUAUGGCAUUGCUUUCAGCUGUGAAAGCUGGGAUCUUUGUAGUGCAAGCAGCUGGAAACACAGGCCCAGCUCCUAAGAGCAUGUCUUCUUUCAGUCCUUGGAUCUUCACUGUUGGAGCUACAUCUCAUGAUAGAGUUUAUACUAACUCGAUAAUUCUAGGAAAUAAUGUCACUAUCUCUGGAGUUGGACUCGCUUCUGGUACAAGGACAAUGCACAAACUUGUUUUAGCUGCACAUGCGCUCCGCAAUGGUACAACCAUUAUGGAUGCUAUAUAUGUUGGGGAGUGCCAAGAUUCGAGUAGCUACGAGCUGAAGCUGGUGAAUGGGAAGAUCCUUGUCUGCAGUUAUACAGUCCGGUUCAUUCUCGGUGUCUCAACCAUCAAACAAGCCUUACUAACAGCUAAGAACUUAACAGCAGCAGGUCUUGUCUUUUAUAUGGAUCCUUCUUCCACCGGUUUUCAGAUGACUUCAACCCCGAUGGAUAUCCCGGGGAUUCUAAUCUCCUCCCCACAAGAUUCUCUGGCUUUACUUCAGUACUACAAUACUUCUCUGUCGAGGGACAAUGCUUCAGGCAAAAUAGUUGGUUCUGCAUCAGUUGCGAGAAUAGUUGGUGGCAUGAAGCCCACCUAUGGCAUUACAGCACCGAAGGUUAUGUACUUCUCUGCUAGAGGACCUGACCCAGAAGACGAUUCUUUCCAAGAUGCUGAUGUAAUGAAACCCAACUUAGUAGCUCCAGGGAACUCCAUAUGGGGCGCUUGGAGUCCUCUUGGCAUCGGUACUGCUGAUUUUCAAGGUGAGCGUUUCGCGAUGGAGUCAGGGACAAGCAUGUCUGCUCCACACGUAACGGGUAUUGCAGCACUCAUCAAGCAGAAGUUCCCUCAUUUCACACCUGCAGCCACCGCAUCCGCGCUCUCGACAACAGCUUCUCUAACAGACAGAAAGGGUGGUCCUAUAAUGGCGCAACGCACUGUCUUAAACCCUGACGCUACUCAAACCCCUGCAACGCCUUUAGAUAUGGGCAGCGGGUUCGUUAAUGCUACUGCAGCUCUUGACCCUGGUUUGAUUUUCGACAUAGGUUACAAUGAAUACAUGAAGUUUCUCUGUCGCAUCAACGGAUCAUCUCCCGUUGUUCUCAACUACACAGGCGAAAGCUGCUCGGCUUACAACUCCUCCCUUGCAGCCUCUGACCUGAACCUACCCUCAGUGACAAUAGCUAAGCUCGUUGGUACUAGAACUGUCCUAAGAUGGGUUACUAACAUUGCAGCCACGGUUGCAAACGAGACUUAUACAGUAGGGUGGAAGGCACCUGACUCGGUUUCUGUUAAGGUCUCUCCUGCCAAGUUUACAAUCGGGAACGGUCAGACAAGGGUCUUGAGUCUUGUUUUUAGGGCGAUGAAGAAUGGUUCGGUAGCGAGUUUUGGAAAAAUUGGGAUAAUUGGAGACAGAGGUCACGUGGUUAACAUUCCGGUGACAGUCAUCUACAAGAUUGCUGUCUGAGAGAUGAUAAUAGUAGGUUGUUUCUAUGAAGAGUUUCUGUGUGAUGAAAACAAACUCGAGGAUGUUGUUAAGAAAAAAGCUUUUAGUGAUUGUUUGUUUGUUUGUUUGUUUAGUGUCCUGCCGAUUAAAAAGCUUUAGAAAAAAUGUGUAGUUUGUAAAUUUGUUUUUGGAGUGUUUUUGUGAUGGUUUUGAUUGAA